CCAUGUUGCUUCAUAAAUAAAUUCCACUCUUCUAUAAGUCUUUCCUUCUGUUCGUACUGUGUGGUUCCAGGGAACAUAUCUUUAGUAGUUUCCUGCUACUUCUCGACCAUGGGCAUGAUUACACCAGCUUCUCGUCACUUGCUGCGAGCAUCCAGACCGACACUCGCCCGUACUUUUGCACCUCGGAGCGCAGGACAGGUUCGCACGUUGUUUGCGAUUGUUCAUCAAGGACAUGAGGGAUGGAGAUUAUCGCUCGGAAGGAAUCCAGUCAAGCUAGAACCUGGCCUUAGCCUUAUGGUCCCAUUAUAUCACACCAUACAAGAAGUUGACAUGCGUGAGACGUCAGUGAAUAUCACGGACCUCACUGGAUUCACAAGCGACAACGUUCCUGUGCUUGUUUCUGGCUCUCUUUUCUUCCGAGUAAAGGACUCGUACGAUGCGUGCUUCUCCGUGGAUAAUUUCAAAAAGAACGUCGCAAAUAUAGGCACGUCGGCUAUGCGUUCUGUUAUUGGUCAUUUCUCGUACGACGAAGUCAUUGGGGACAGAAAUAAAAUCAACGGCAAGUUGCACGAAACUAUUGGUAAUAGUAUCAGUAAAUGGGGCGUUGAAUGCACGCGGUUUGAGGUGCAGAACUUUCACCCAUCCAACCGAGAAGUAGAGAAACAACUUGAGCUUCAAAUGGCUGCGGAGCGAGAAAGACGGAAGCAAAUUCUCGACACGCAGGCUCUGGUAAACGUCGCAGAAGGCCACAAGCAGCGUGCUAUUCUGGAAUCUGAAGGGCGGCUACAGGCACAGCUCAACACGUCUGCAGGACAGAAGCAGAAGCUUAUUCUCGAAUCAGAAGGGCAACUUGAAGCAGCAAGGAACGAAGGUAAAGCGCUGUCUCAACAGGUGGACAUACUUGCAGCGGCUUUGACUGAGCCUAAUGCGACGCCGACAAAUGAAGAGAGGCGCAAGGCUCUAGAUGCACUGCUUGAGCUGCGGAGACUCGAACAACUGAAGGCUAUUGCUGCUGGUCACGGUAAUUCAACAUAUUUCUUUGGAGAUUCUAAGGGCACUGGUAGGGAUUCAUAUGCUGUUGAGAAUAUGGAAAAGUGGAAGCGGAGCUUUGUAGACCGGGAAAACAUUACACAGUCCAGCGGUUCAGCCUAGUAUCUUUAGACAUUUCACGCGUCAACGUACAUGCAUUGAAUAGCUAGAAAAAAUAUACAGUCCCCUCUCAAGC